UCGGGUUUCCCUGCUGGAGCUGCCUGCCUUGUAUGGAAAACCCAAAGAGACAGCAAUGAAGGAAUCCCUCAGGUGUGUCUCGCUCUGUGAACCGGAGGGCGUCCAUGCCUUCAUGCUGGUCCUGUUUCUGGAUUCUCUCAGAAACGAAGACAAGACGGAGCUGGAGACCAUCCAGAACACUUUUGGGUCCAAAGCCAACGACUUUACCAUCGUUCUGUUGAUUGUGAAGGCGAAUCCUAACGUUCCAGAGUUGGUGAAGGUUGUGGAAGACAGAGACAUCCAAGGGUUCUUACAGAGCCUUUGUGAACGACAUGUUGUCUUCAACAUCAAGGACAAGGACCAGGUCUCUGAGGUGCUGCAUGCUGUGGAAACAAUGAGUGCUGGGGGAUCCAGAAGCUUCACAGAAGAUAUGUUUCCCAAACGUCCGGUGUUCACCAAACGUCAGAGCAAGCCAAUUACAAGACACGAGUCUUUCUUAAAGUUUGACAAUAUUCAACAUCGGGUCGUAUUGCACCAGAAGACGGUGCGGACCAAAGAGCCAAUCAGGAUGGUGCUGAUCGGGAAGACCGGCUGUGGGAAGAGCGCCACGGCAAACACGAUUUUGGGGGGCGAGAAACGCUUUGAAUCUAAAGCUUGUCUAAAGUCAGUGACUGUAGUUUGCCAGAAAGAAACAGGAGAGAUGGACGGGCGGCCCGUCACUGUGGUGGACACGCCCGGCUUGUUCGACACGGCUCUGUCCAACGACGAGGUCAAACAGGAGCUGGUGAGAUGCAUCAGCCUGCUGGCUCCUGGUCCUCACGUCUUCCUGCUGGUGCUGCAGAUCGGACGCUUUACCAAAGAGGAAAAAGAAACCGUGGAGAUGAUCAGGGAGUUUUUUGGCAAGAAGGCAGAAGACUUCAUCAUGCUCAUAUUCACCAGAGGAGACGAACUCCAAGAUCAAACAUUUGAGAGCUACAUAAAAGACGGCAGCGAUGGCUUUGUUGGACAGCUGAUCGCGGAGUGUGGACGGCGAUACCACGUCUUCAACAACAACGAACGGAAGGAUCGCUCUCAAGUCAGCCAGCUGCUAAAGAAGGUGGAGGCAAUGAUGAGAAAAAGCGGCAGCCGCUACUACACCUCCGAGAUGUUCAAGGAGGCCGAGGCAGCCAUAGAGAAGGAAAUAGAGAACCACAAGGUAGAGACAGAAAGAAAGAUCGACAGAGAGCAAAAGGACCUUCAGAGGAAACAUGAAGAAGAAAUGCAAACAAAAAAGACAAAAACUACUGCGCUGAUAGCCACGUACGAAACAGAAACCGCACAGAGAGAGAAGCAAGCGAAGGAGACGGGCGAGCGCAUUAAAAAGGCCGAGGAGAGGAUCAGGAGGGAACGAGAGCAGAGAGAAAAAGAGGAAGUGGACAGGAAGAGGCAGGAGGAGGUUCAACAGCAGCAGUGGAAGCAACGAGACGAAACUCUGAAGAAAAAAAUAGUAUCGGAGAAACGAGUACCAGCUCAGAGGACGCUGUUGACGAAGAACAGGGAGCUGAUGAGGAAGGAACGGGAGGUUUGGGAGCAGGAACAACGGGAGUGGUGGCAGAAACGCCGCCUGGAGGACCAACGGAGGCAAGAGGAGGCGGAGAGGCAACUGGAAAAGCUCCGCGAAGAGUACGAGAGGGAGAUAAACGAGGUCAAAAGACGAGAAGACGAGCGAAUCAGAAGAGAAGGAGAGGAAAGAGAGCUGAGAGAAGUCGAGGAAAAACACAGGAAGGAAAUGGAGGAAAUACGGAGGAAGAACGAAGAGCACGCCAGGAGGCUAGCUGAAGAGUGCAACGAGUUCAGAAAGAGGUUCACUCUGGACUCGUCCGCUGAGAAGGAAAAGCAUCAACAGGAAAUAGAGGAGAUGAAGAAGCGGCAGCAGCUGCAAAAUGACUACAUGCUGCAGCAGCUGAACAAAAAGAAAGCAAACCGGAGGGACUUUGACGAGCUCCUGAAGAAGCACGAAGAGCAGAGGAACGAGCUCAGACAGUCGCACUACAUCCACAGCGAGGAGCAGCUGAACCAGGAGCUGGACGAGCUGAAGAAGACGCAUCAGGAGGAGAUAAACAUCUGGAUAGACGAACGCGUGAGGAAGGCCGAGAGCGACAAGAAGUGCAGCAUCUCAAUGGCAGCACAAGCGUCUGAACUCAGAAUUGUGACUUUCGGAAAGAGUCAAAGUAAGAAGACGACCCUGAGCAACUUCAUCACUGGGAAGAAGGACUUCAAGCUCCUGAAAGUGUCCAAGAAGUCUACGGCCCACGGCGAGUGGAGGAAAACACCCAUAACUGUGGUGAAGACGGCAGACGUCUUCGGUCUGUCGCUAGAUAAAGUCAGACAUGAGAUGCAGACGUGCGCUGCUGCUUGUCCUCCUGGACCGAACGUCCUGCUGCUGCUGGUGAAGCCUUCGGACUUCACAGAACAGGACGGACAGAAGCUGAAGUCUGCGCUCAGCUUUUUUGGCGCAGACGCUUUCAGACAUGCGAUGGUCAUCGUAACACAUGAGGACAAGGGAGACAAUCUGACGAUGGAUCAAAUCGUCCAGGAGUGCAGACAGAGGCAGCACAAGAUCGACUUUGACAAAAAAGACUUUCCUGAGCGUGAGCUUGAAGCGCUGAUGGAAAAGAUGGAUAAGAUAGUGAGCGACAACGGGGGAGGGCAUCUGACUUUUACGGCCGGGUCGGAUCACAUGGAAGCAAUGGAGUGCACGGUAACCAAACCUCCUCUGAACCUGGUGCUGUGUGGGAGGUCUGGAGCCGGGAAAGCUUCUGCAGCUGAGGCCAUUCUUGGAGAAGGAAGGUCCGACUCAUCAGAGUGUGUUAAAGCCCAGGGAGAGGUGUGUGGACGUCGGGUUUCCCUGCUGGAGCUGCCUGCCUUGUAUGGAAAACCUCAGGAGGCAGUGAUGGAGGAAUCCUUCAGGUGUAUCUCCCUCUGUGAUCCUGAGGGCGUCCACGCCUUCAUCCUGGUCCUACCUCUAGAGCCUCCCACAGAUGAAGACAGAGCAGAGCUUGAGACCAUCAGGAACACACUCGGCUCUCAGGUCAACGACUUCACCGUGGUUCUUUUUACGGUGGAGUCGGAUCCUACAGGUCCAGAUGUGGUGAACUUUGUACAAACUUGCAGAGAAAUCCAGGAGCUCUGCGAGAGCUGUAACGGCCGAUACGUCUUCCUCAACAUCAACGACAGACAACAGAUCCCUCAGUUACUGGACGUCGUAGAAAAGACACAAGCAGCAGCAUCCGGAGGCUUCACAAAGGAAAUGACGGCCCAGCCUGGGAAGACCCAAAAGCAGAGUCCAGAUCGCCUCAGGAUGGUGCUGAUCGGGAAGACCGGCUGUGGAAAGAGCGCCACGGCAAACACGAUCUUGGGGAGAGAGUGUUUUCUGUCUAAAGUCAGCAUGAAGUCAGUGACCAGGUUUUGCGAGAAAGCAGAAGCAGAGAUGGACGGGCGUCCCGUCACUGUGGUGGACACGCCCGGCUUGUUCGACACGGCUCUGUCCAACGACGAGGUCAAGCAGGAGCUGGUGAGAUGCAUCAGCCUGCUGGCUCCUGGUCCUCACGUCUUCCUGCUGGUGGUGCAGAUCGGACGCUUUACCAAAGAGGACGAAGACACCGUGGAGAUGAUCAGGGAGUUUUUUGGCAAGAAGUCAGAAGACUUCAUCAUGCUCAUCUUCACCAGAGGAGACGAACUCCAAGAUCAAACAAUCGAGAGUUACGUUGAAGAAAACAGCGACGGCUUCAUCAAUAACCUGACCAACGAAUGUGGAGGACGAUACCACGUCUUCAACAACAGCGAUCAGGAGAACCGCUCUCAAGUUAGCCAGCUGCUACACAAAGUGGAGUCAAUGCUGAGGAGCAACGGUGGCCGCUACUACACCUCAGAGAUGUUCAGAGAGGCCGAGGCAGCCAUACAGAAGGAAAUGCAGAGGAUCCUGAAGGCCAAAGAAGAAGAGAUGCAGAAAGAGAGGAAGGACCUCGAAAGACUACACGAGCAAAGAAUGCAGGAGAAGAAGCAAGCGAUGGAACAAGAAAGAGUGAAAACCGAGAACGCGCUGAAGGAAAAGGAGGAACGCCUCAAGAAAGAGGAGGAGAGCAAGAAAAGGGUUUGGAAGAAACCGAAAGAGGACCAGAAGAGUCAGGAGGAGGAGAAAGCUCGACUGAAGAGGCUCAGAGAGGAAUACGAGGCGGAGAGAAGCGAGUUUGAGCACCGAAGGCUGGAAGAGGAUCGAAUGAGGAAGGAGCAGGAGGAACAGGAAUGGAAGGGCUUACAGGAAGAAGUGGAGAUGAUGAAGACGAGAAACGAAGAGGAGGCCAGAAAGCAAGCCGAGGAGUUCAACGACUUUAGACACAAGUACAGUGAGGAGAAGGCGGAGGACACGAAGCAACGGCAGCUCAUGAUCAGACGCCUGAACGCAAACAAGGCCUUUCAGAAGGACUUUGACCAGCUGAAGAAACGGCAAGAAGAAGAAAUGAAAGAGCUGAAAGACGCUUCUCAAGUCGAUGAACUGCAGAGAGCUCACGAGGAGGAAAUAAACAGCUGGAUUCAGGAGCACGUGACGAAAGCCACGGCAGGAAAAGCCUGCAGCGUUUUAUGAGUCACAACAAGUUUCAGCCUGGAGACGGCCUCUGGUUUCAUAUCGACUCACAGGGUGGAGGUAGAAGGUCCAGAAACAACGAAUCUGGCAGCAGGAGAGCCGCAAGAAAGAAGACUGUUCAAAAAGUGAACAAAUGGUGGAAAUAACAGCAAAACAAGCUGAUUUAAAUACAGUGAAGCUGUGUAAUGUUCUGCUUGUUUUAAGCUGCUGUAGAUUGUAAAGAACCAAACUACUAUUGUGGACGUUUUCUGUUUGUUUCUAAACACGUGAACUAAAACGUUUUUCUGUGACAUUAUGAUCAGUAUUUGAACAAAACAGAGGAAAUCUAUAGUUUUGCUGAAUUAAAUACGGUAA